GAUUCUCGCCCAGUGAAUCACUCGCGCGACAGACGAAGAGAGAGGUUGUAAGUGGUUGUCAACACGUAGCGAGAUUUCACAGAUAAGCGAGAGAGGAUUCGAAAAAGGGACUCGAAGCGAUUUAAAAUAUACCUUUUUCUCUCUCUCUCUGAUGUAAACGCGACGCGCUCGAGGAAUAAACGAGGCGUGUCGAGAGUGCCAAAGUAGCACCUAGUGAAAACUGUCAAGAGCGAGUCUUUUUUUCAACCGCUCGUCCGGAAAUACAGACUUUGAUGAAUGUCUGAGAGUGAUUACGAUUCCGCGAACGAGUACACAAGUCUGAUGGACGGUCACGUCGCGGAGUCCCGCACGGACGACCUGAUCCUGGGCAAUGAUCGUCUGAGAAAGGCCCGCUCUAGGAACGUCAAUGAGGAAGUGGAAAAUGGGGUUCCUGAAGUACAUAUUGAAGCAUCAGGCACGACUAUCGCUAGGUCGAAUAGACGGAGUGCGUCUGGUAGCAAUAAUCAAAACAGACUGAGGCAUUAUAAUAGAGACGAGGAGGAGGAAGAAUUGAAGUAUGGCGCGGCACAUGUGAUCAAACUCUUUGUCCCUGUAUCGCUGUGUAUGCUGGUUGUAGUAGCUACUAUUAGCUCGGUACAUUUCUAUACAACUAAAGGAAUGUACUUAGUAUACACUCCGUUUCAUGAAGACAGCUCUGAUACAAGUACCAAAGUUUGGCAGGCAUUUGCCAAUUCACUGAUUCUCAUGAGCGUUAUUGUAUUUAUGACUGUGAUACUUAUCAUUCUUUAUAAAUACAGAUUUUAUAAAGUCAUACAUGGCUGGCUGAUUAUAAGCUCUUUACUGUUGCUUUCAAUGUUUUCAAUUCUGUAUUGCGAGCAGGUAUUGAAAGCUUAUAACAUUCCGAUGGAUUUAUUCACACUAGGCAUAGGCUUAUGGAAUUUUGGUGUGGUAGGAAUGAUUUGUAUUCAUUGGCAAGGACCUUUACAACUUCAACAGGCGUAUUUGAUCUUUAUUUCUGCCUUAAUGGCGCUCGUUUUUAUCAAGUAUUUACCUGAAUGGACAGCAUGGGUCGUACUCGGUGUUAUAAGUAUUUGGGAUUUGAUCGCGGUUUUAACACCGAAAGGUCCAUUAAGAAUACUUGUCGAAACAGCACAAGAACGAAAUGAAUCUAUUUUCCCCGCUCUAAUAUAUUCUUCCACUAUCUUAUAUUCGUUUACCGUGACUUACGCUGGAUAUGUACAAGCGGCCACGAUGGCAUCUGAGGACACCGUGGCAUCUCCUACGCGUAGUCAAGUGGAUAAUCAAAAUAAUCGCGCAUCCAAUGAUACGGAAGAAGGCGGUUUCACUCCCGAAUGGGUAGAGACUCACGGUGAACGUAGCGCAAGGCGCGCUCAAGAAGUGCGCGAAAAUUCCUCGAGAGAAGGCACAACGCGACAACAGGAAAAUCGCGUACGAUUCUCGCAGGAGCAAGGGACAGUUACCGAGGAAGAACGCGGAGUUAAACUAGGUCUUGGCGACUUUAUAUUCUACAGCGUACUUGUCGGAAAGGCGUCCAGUUAUGGAGAUUGGAACACUACCUUGGCUUGCUUUGUUGCUAUUCUUAUUGGCCUGUGUUUGACGUUGCUGUUGCUAGCCAUAUUCAAGAAAGCGCUACCUGCAUUGCCAAUUUCUAUAACUUUUGGUUUGACAUUUUACUUUGCCACGAGAGUCAUUGUUGCGCCGUUUGCGGAUAGUUUAGCGAGCGAACAAGUGUUCAUUUAAAAAUUUAGGAAACAACAAGUGAAACUCUAAAUCGAAGAAACGUGCUUAGAUCUUUACUCACGUGAUGAUUAACCAAUUCCCUGACGGUAUCGAUGCACUUUUCAUCAUUGAGGCUGGACCACGACUCGGGCAGACUAUCAUCGCUACCGCCACCGUUAUCCGUCUGAAAUACAUUUCGCUUCACAUUCUACAAACUUAUAUACGAAUCGUCGAGGUACAAUGUCGGAUUUUUACUUAAUCUAAUACACACUCGGAAUAUUUC